UGGGACCAGAACAAAGUUCGUUAGUUCUUUGUGCUCCAAAGAGAAUCGGUUAUGCAUCAGAUGAAUGUCUUGUCCAUGGUGCUUGCUAUGCUAUCAUCGACGAUGUACCAUUUAAAAUCGACCUCAAAACAUACAGAAACGAGCAAAAAUGUGCGGACAUAUUUGGGAUGGUUGGGUUCAGCACGCACGUAACAGAUGAUGGGAAAGAAGUUCUAAUCGGCGCUCCUGGUUGGGAAUCGUUUGGAACUAUCAUACGAUAUCGACAUCGGGAGAACAACAAAGGCAAUGGAAACUGCAGAGGGAAAAAAAACUCCCAAACCAUUCAACUCAAGGCUAGUAAUUACUCGGUGGCUGGAUCUGCGUUCUGUCACGAAACUUCUAUUCCGCCUAACGACUACUUCGAUCCUUACCUCGUUGUAAGAAAAAAUAUGACUUUUAUCCCUUACCUUGGGUAUGCCGUUAGCUCUGGGCGUUUUGUGAGAAACGAUCCGAUCAUGUACGUUGCUAGUGCACCAAAAGCUAAAAAAGGCCUAGGACAGGUGUUCAUCUUCGAUUACGUUCAGCGGCAUUCAAAGAAUGAAAUUGGCAUAAGGGUGCUCAAGCCAUUUAGUGGCCACCAGAUUGGCGAGUACUUCGGAUAUGCACUCCUCACCGAAGAUUUCAAUGGCGAUGAACUGCCCGAUCUCGCUAUAGCAGCUCCAAUGCACAGUCGUACAAAAGAGUUUGAUAAUGGAGUAGUCUAUGUAUAUUUGAAUAAAGGAGGGCUGCACUUUGAACUGCAAGCUAUUCUACAAUCUUCGUAUGGCUUCGGAGGCCGCUUCGGCACGAGCUUGGGAAAAAUUGGCGACAUCAAUCGAGAUGGUUACGGUGAUAUGGCUGUAGGGGCUCCGCAUGAAGGUGACGGAGUGGUGUACAUCUUCCUUGGAUCAGACGAAGGAAUAAAUACAAAGCCAACUCAACUUAUAAAAGCUCCUUCGACUAUAAAAACUAACCAACCAGCAAUGUUUGGGUAUGCGAUCUCGCGUGGAGUAGACAUUGAUGGGAAUGGUUACAACGACUUGGCCAUCGGCGCCCCUAACGCAGAAACGGUUUACGUAUAUAGAGCAUAUCCUAUCGUAAAAGUGAUAGCUACAAUCAAUUUAAAUCAAACACGAAUACCAAUCGGGGGAGCUUCGAUCGAGGUUGAAAUUUGUUUCACGCGAGAGUUUGCCUUAAAAGAUGGACCAUCGUUUGAUGUUGAAAUGGAGUACAGCCUUCAGCUUGACUUGACCUACCGUCGAGCGUCAUUCCAGAACAACGCAAGCAAUCCUUCAUCUAACGUCAGCAGUGUAGGAGAGAAUGGCUCAUGCCAGAAGUUUCUGAUAUUGAUCACAGAUUCAUAUGCUACAGUUGAUGAGAGCAAAAGUCCGAAACCAGUUCACAUUGACCUUUCGUUCAAUCUUUCGAGCAAGUCAUCUCCACCUCAAGGCAGUCAUUUCUGUGAACAAUGUGCUUUACUCGACCCGAACAUUAGCAAUCGAGUCAGUAAAAAUGUCUCUGUUGAUUUUUGUGAUGACCCUGUCUGCUACUCCGAUCUGCAACUUUCAAGCCUAACGUGGGUAGAUAUUCCUGAGCCCUACGUUAUCGGCUCCAGCGAGACAGCAACGUUGCAUGUGCAGGUUGAAAACCUUGGUGCAAACGCUCACUUGUCGAAGUUGGAUUUGAUUGUCGAUUUGAUCUAA